AGAAAAUUGUAGCCUUGAACCUUGUUUCAAAACACCAACACAAAGGCGACUGCGCACCCGCACUUCUUCUCUCUCUACAACACACCCACUUACACUUUUUCAGACCACCAUCCACCCUAAACACAGUCUUUCCACGCCUCACAGGAACCAGCAACAUGAGUGUCGUUGGCAUAGAUUUGGGGACGCUCAACACCGUGAUUGCGGUCGCGAGGAACAGAGGCGUCGAUGUCAUCACGAAUGAAGUGUCAAACCGCGCUACACCAACUCUCGUUGGAUUCGGACCCAAGAGCAGAUACAUCGGCGAGGCCGCGAAGAACCAGGAAAUCUCCAACCUCAAGAACACUGUCAGCUCCCUCACAAGGUUAGCGGGUCGAUCUUUGAAGGACCCAGAUGUCCAGAUAGAGAAGGACUACGUGUCGGCAAACCUAGUGGAUAUCAAUGGCCAGGUCGGCGCGGAAGUCAAGUAUCUGGGCAAGACUGAGCAGUUUACGGCGACCCAGCUGGUGGCCAUGUUCUUGACAAAGGCAAAGGCCACUGCGUCCGCUGAGCUGAAACUUCCUGUCUCCGACGUGGUCCUCAGCUGCCCUACAUGGUACACCGACACACAGCGCCGAAGUCUGCUCGACGCUGCCGAAAUCGCCGGACUCAAAUGCCUACGCCUCAUCAACGACACCACUGCGACAGCUUUGGGAUACGGUAUCACAAAACUAGACCUCCCAGGCCCAGAGGAAAAGCCUAGGCGCGUUGUUUUCGUCGAUAUUGGACAUAGCAACUACACUGCCUCGGUCGUCGAGUUCAAGAAGGGUGAGCUCGCCGUCAAGUCGACUGCAUGGGAUCGUCACUUCGGUGGCCGGAAUUUCGACAAGGCCAUGGUCGACCAUUUCGCCAAGCAGUUCAAGGAAAAUUACAAGAUUGACAUCAACGAGAACGCAAAGGCCCGUGUUCGAGUUGCUGCAGGUUGCGAGAAGGUCAAGAAGAUCCUUUCCGCAAACUCCGCGGCUCCGUUGAACAUUGAGUCUGUCAUGAAUGACGUCGAUGUCCGAGGUUUCCUCAAGCGAGAGGAGCUGGAAGAACUCGUCAAGCCGCUCCUCGAGCGUGCCACUGCACCUAUCGAACAGGCUCUUGCGGAGGCCAAACUAAAGCCCGAGGAUAUCGACGCCAUCGAGAUGAUUGGCGGCUGCACCCGUGUACCUUCUCUAAAGGCUGCCAUUCAGGACUAUUUCGGCAAGCCUCUUUCCUUCACUCUCAACCAGGACGAAGCCGUUGCUCGAGGUUGCGCUUUCAGCUGUGCCAUAUUGUCGCCCGUGUUCCGUGUCCGAGACUUCUCCAUCCACGACAUUGUCAACUAUCCAAUUGAAUUCACCUGGGAGAAGUCACCGGACAUCCCUGAUGAGGAUACUAGCCUCACCGUCUUUAACAAGGGCAAUGUCAUGCCGUCAACUAAAAUUCUGACAUUCUACAGGAAACAGCCGUUUGACCUCGAAGCCAAGUACGCCAAGCCAGAAACUCUCCCAGGCAAGAUGAACCCUUGGAUCGGCAGAUUCUCCGUCAAAGGGGUCAAGGCGGAUGCUAAGGACGAUUUCAUGAUUUGCAAACUGAAAGCGAGGCUGAACCUGCACGGCAUUCUGAAUGUCGAGUCUGGCUACUACGUAGAAGAACAGGAAGUGGAGGAACCGAUACCUGAGGCGCCAAAAGAGGGCGAGAAGAAAGAUGGUGAUGUACGUCCUCUCGAUUCCUCGGCUGACCUGAGUAGCGACGCGCAGGUGUACGGCACCAAUGGUCGUGCUCGCAGUAGCAGCACAGAGCCUGCCGUACCCCUGCGCGCUUCGAAAAGGCCGAAGCAUGAAGUCCCUCCUGUAAUGCCUACGUCCGCGUUACGCUUGGCACCAGAUGAGCUAACUGAUUUGAACCCACAGGCGAUGGACGUUGACGCCAAAGACGAUGCUGAAAAGCCGAAGACGCGAAAGGUUAAGAAGCAGGCUCGCAAGGGCGAUCUUCCCCUAUCUGCUGGCACCUCCGCCAUGGAUCAAGCAAGCAAGGAAAUUGCGAUGGAGAAGGAGAACCAGAUGUUCAUGGAGGAUAAGCUUGUCCAGGACACAGAGCACAUGAAGAACGACCUGGAAACUUUCAUCUACGAUAUGAAGGACAAGAUCUACACCACGUACGCUGACUUCUGCAACGAUGAUGAAAAAGCGAAGGUCAAUGCCAAGGCAGAGGCAAUCGAGGAGUGGCUCUAUGACGAGGGCGACGACACAACAAAGGCCGUCUACGUGAGCAAGAUCGAGGAGAUGCGCUCUGUUGCUGGCCCAAUCAUCCAACGAUAUAACGACAAGGUCGAGGAAGAGCGACAGGCCGUGAUGAAGAAGCAGCAAGAGGCUGCUAUGGCCAAGCAGGCGGAGCUCGAGCGACAGAAGCGGGCGGCGGAGGAGAAGCGGAAGACCGAGGCGCCACCCGAAGCCAAGGACGAGGAAAUGAAGGACGCUGAUGCCGUGAAGCCGGACGAGGUGGAGGAGCCGUCGACUUGAAAAGGGAGUUGAUGAUGCUGGGACGAAGGGCGGACGGCUGGUUCAAGUUUGAUACACUAGUAUAGCAUGGAUGGACUGGUUACGGUUGCUGUGCUCUGUGGAUGGUAAUGCUU